AUGGGGAAGGACGGGCGGGGUGCCAUUCUGGCCAUGCCGACCACUCGGGCUGCGCUGCUCGUCUGUGUGAUUACUUCGGUGUGCGCAGUGGAAGAGACGGUGAUGGAUACAAGGACAGCGACAGCUGAGCUCGGCUGGAUAUCUUUCCCUGCCAAUGGAUGGGAGGAGGUGAGUGGGUAUGACGAGAACCUCAACACCAUCAGGACGUACCAAGUGUGCAAUGUGUUCGAGCCCAGCCAGAACAACUGGCUCCUCACCACGUACAUCGACCGGCGCGCCGCACAGCGCAUCUACGUGGAGAUCCGCUUCACCGUACGUGACUGCGCCUCCAUUCCCAGCGUCCUGGGCUCCUGCAAAGAGACCUUCAACCUCUACUACUUAGAGACGGACAGGACAGUGACAGAUGGCAUCAAAGGGGUGGAGUACUGGGCCAAUGCACCCUUUCUAAAGGUGGACACCAUUGCAGCCGAUGAGAGUUUCUCCCAGGUUGAUUUUGGGGGCAGGCUCAUGAAAGUGAACACCGAAGUGAGAAGUUUUGGACCACUGUCCAAAGGCCGCGGUUUCCACUUGGCUUUCCAGGACCUGGGUGCUUGCAUGUCUCUUUUGGCAGUCAGAGUUUUCUACAAAAAAUGUCCCAGCAUCGUCCAGAACUUUGCUUUUUUCCCCGAGACACUGACCGGAGCAGAGUCAACAUCGUUAGUCAUCGCCAGAGGAAGCUGCAUCCCAAACGCAGAGGAAGUGGACGUGCCCUUAAAGCUGUACUGUAACGGAGACGGGGAGUGGAUGGUGCCCAUCGGCAGCUGCAGCUGCAAAGCGGGUUACGAACCUGACAAUGGAAACGUGUGCCGAGCCUGCCCUCAGGGCACCUUUAAGUCGUCCCAGGGGGCCGGAUUAUGUCAGCAAUGUCCGCUCAACAGUCGCUCCACCAUCGAAGCUGCCACCCUCUGCGGUUGUCGAAAUGGUUAUUACCGUGGAGACAUGGACAAACCAGAAGACAUGUGCACCAGUGUUCCUUCAGCUCCUCGCAACGUGGUCUCAGUCGUCAACCAGACGUCGGUGCUGCUCGAGUGGCACUCGCCGCGUGAGACCGGGCACCGUGAUGAUUUAUCAUACAACGUCCUGUGCCGGCGGUGCCACAGCAGCGAGCGGCGGGCCUGCCAGCCGUGUGACGACAGCGUGGCAUUUCUCCCUGGCAAGCGAGCCUUAAAGGAAACCAAGGUUGAGAUCAGCAAGCUGCGCGCCCACACAUCGUACACCUUCGACAUACAGGCAGUCAACGGAGUCUCCAACAAAAGCCCUUACCCCGCCCAGCAGCUGUCAAUCAACAUUACAACCAAUCAAGCCGCUCCCUCAGUUGUCCCCAUAAUGCACCAAGUGAGCUCAACGAGCCGCAGUUUCUCCUUGUCAUGGCCCCCGCCCGAGCAGCCCAAUGGAAUUAUCCUCGACUAUGAGAUACGGUACUAUGACAAGGCCCAGGCAUCAGUACUCAACAGCUCAGUGGUGCAAAGUGAGACGCCCAAUGUGAUUCUGGAAGGUCUCAGGCCCGGGACCGGCUAUGCAGUGCAGGUGAGAGCCCGCACUGUGGCUGGCUACGGAGUCUACAGCAAGGAGAUGCUCUUUCAAACCCUAACUGAUGAUGAGUAUAAAUCAGAGCUCGGACAGCAGCUCUCCUUGAUUGCGGGCUCCUUAGUAGGUGGUGUGUGUAUCGUCUCAUUAGUGGCUAUUGCCAUCAUCUGCACCAGGAGGAGGCAGUGGAAGGAGAGUGUGUAUGGUGACAAGCUGCAGCAGUACAACGCAGGAGAGGUGACUCUCAGGCCGGACAUGUUCAGUGGCCCCACCCCCACAGUGACCUUUCCCACCCUGUCUGAGGGUCACAGUUCACCAGGGGUAAAGAUAUACAUCGACCCUUUCACCUACGAGGACCCCAACGAGGCGGUCCGCGAGUUUGCCAAAGAAAUCGACCCAUCCUGUGUGAAAAUCGAGGAAGUCAUUGGAUCAGGUGAGUUUGGGGAAGUGUAUAAAGGUCGUCUGAAGCCUGUCGGGAAGAAGGAAAUUCCAGUAGCCAUCAAGACUCUGAAGGUGGGGUACUCCGAGAGGCAGAGGAGGGACUUCCUGUCUGAGGCGUCAAUCAUGGGCCAGUUCGACCAGCCCAACAUCAUCAGACUGGAGGGUGUGGUCACCAAGAGCAGACCCACCAUGAUCAUCACAGAGUUCAUGGAGAAUGGAGCGCUUGACUCAUUCCUCAGGCAAAAUGAUGGACAGUUCCCAGUGAUCCAGCUGGUUGGUAUGCUGAGGGGCAUCGCAUCUGGAAUGAGGUACCUGGCGGAGAUGAGUUAUGUUCACCGGGACCUGGCAGCUCGAAACAUCUUAGUUAACAGUAACUUGGUGUGUAAGGUGUCUGACUUCGGCCUAUCUCGAUAUCUGGAGGAGGACACCUCUGACCCCACCUACACCAGCUCACUGGGAGGUAAAAUCCCGGUGCGGUGGACGGCACCUGAGGCGAUCGCCUACAGGAAAUUCACCUCGGCCUCAGAUGUGUGGAGCUAUGGGAUCGUCACCUGGGAGGUCAUGUCAUACGGAGAGAGACCCUACUGGGACAUGAGCAACCAAGAUGUGAUAAAUGCCAUAGAGCAAGACUUCAGGCUGCCUGCUCCCAUGGACUGUCCAGUAGUGCUGCACCAACUAAUGCUGGACUGCUGGCAGAAAGACAGGAAUGCUCGGCCAAAGUUCCCAGAUAUUGUCAGCAUGUUGGACAAAAUGAUACGCAACCCUGCAUCUCUCAAAGCCGGCACCAACAACAUGCCCCCUGGUCCUCCUCAUCAUCCCUUGUUAGACCGCGGAGCUCCGGACCUGAGCAGGGUCAGCUCGGUGGAAGACUGGCUGGCUGCGCUAAAGAUGACCCAGUACAGAGACUCCUUUCUGGGCUCGGGCUUCACCUCUCUGCCCCUUGUCACACAAAUCACAGCAGAAGACCUGCAGAGGAUCGGUGUGUCUCUUGCCGGACACCAAAAGAAAAUUCUGACCAGCGUCCAAUCAAUGAGGCACAAUGUCGACGACCAGUCUCCUACUGAAUCUGUGUAGCCGCCCUCGGGAGUGACG